CACGGAAAAAGUCAUUCAGAAUGAGGCGUGUGCCCAAGACUGUGAGUACUGUGGUUGAUGUGCAGUGCUGCUGCGAUUCUAAAUUAGUUGGUGGAUUGGUGUGUGGUACCAAGCAUUUCAGGUUACUCGACAGAAACAAUGAAAGAACAGAGAUUUGUAGUGUUUUAGGUCUUAUUAGGCAUAAAGUGUCAAAUGUGUGUACUUGGAAGGCUGGUGUGAUGGAUUCAAUUUGUGAUGAAGGAAGGAUACUUUUGGAGGAGAGGAAACCUACAAAGGGUUUGGCUGGUAGAUAUAAUGCUUUCAACAGAGUGGCUGAUGUUUCUCUAGGUAAAGUAAUUUGUGGUUCUUAUGAUUACUUGGAGUUUUCUAGCGCUUUACAAGAGACAUUGCUUGAUCAACAGUCCUGUUUGUUAAACUUAGAUGGAUAUCACUGUGCAGUUGUGUAUCACAAUGAAUAUUUCAUUGUUUUGGAUUUUAACGCUUGCAAUUCUUCUGGUUUGCCGUGUGACUUUGGCGUCUGUGUAGCACAAUUUCACACUAGUCUGAAUGAAACCAUGCUGUUUUUCACAACAUUGCUUGAGAAGCUAAAAGCAAAGGUGUUCUCUGUUGCUAGUGUAAUGGUGAGGUUGGCUGAUGAACAGGUUUCAUCAAUGCAUUGUCCAAGUACUGCUAACGGUAUGCAUGAAAGUCCUGUGAAAAUCUCUGAACAAAAAGUCUGUGUUCCAGAAGGUGUUGAACUGAAGGAGUGUUAUGUUAAUUUGAAAAGGAUGGCAAAUGAUAACGCUGGAAAGUCUACUGUGCAAACCCCCAAAAAAAGGAAAUUAGUCAAAAUGGAAGCUAUCCAUGAUUCAGAUGUUCAGUGUGAUAUGAACAAUGUUCGAUGUGUCCAGGGUUCUUUUCAUCAAGGGCAUUCUAGAUUUGGGAGAAACGGUGGGCGUCAAUGUGUGGCUAAUUCAUUAGCAGCUAUGGUAAUGCAUGAAAAGAAAAACGUCAUUGGGUGGAAUACAAAAUAUUUGGACAGUGUUCUCAUUUCAGGAAACAAAUUUUAUUCGUUUUGCAAAACACAAGGACUAAUUACUGAUGGUAGUGAAAGCCAGUAUCUGCUUGUAACAGACUUGCCACAAACAGCCAGAAUUGAUGAUUCUGAAUAUACUUUUACAUUUAGUGACCCCGUGGUAGGGGAUGUGAAUGUAGAGGAUGGCGAACUUCUCAGAUCAGGCAUUGCAUAUAGUUUAAUAAGUGGUCUAGAAAAAAUCUUUUCAAUGCAUGACAGAUGUUUUUUCACUUAUGAUCAGAGGACCUGUGCUAUAAUUCGCGUAAAUGAUCAGUUUGCUUUGAUUGAUUCUCACGCACGAGAUGUGUAUGGUAGGACAAACAGUCAGGGGAAAAGCAUUGUUCUGUACUUUCCUUCACUUCAUGACAUUGUUGCUUUGGUGCAUGUGUGGGUUUUAGAUAGAGAGACACUGCUUGAAUCAAAUGAUUUUGAGAUUACGGGGGUUGAUAUUUGUCCUGUUGUGAGUAAUUUGGAAAACAAUGAAAGUUGCUUGGAAAGAGUAGUUGGUAACACUAGUAAGUGUAUGUUGGUUGAUGAUUCUAGUUCUUCUUACUCAUCUGAAGAUACACAUGAUGUUACUUUCAUGAAGGAAUUGCCCAGUGUAAAGUAUCAGUUUAGUGUACUGUGUAAAGAUGUAGGUCAGGGUAUAUGUAAUAAGCUGAAUGUAAGUUUUGAAAAGAGGUCUAGCAUGGUGCCAGGCAGGUAUGGGGAUUUAGGAAAACCUUGUAAAACAGAAAAUAUAGUGGGUGAUGGAAACUGCUUCUUCAGGUGUAUAUCACAAGUAGUCAGUGGUAAUCAAGCAUACCACCGUAGAUUUAGACUUGCUAUAGUAAAACACAUGCAGGCUAAUGAGGCUCAGUACAGUACAGACAUAAGACAGGAUUACACAUCGCUGAAGGAGUACUUAGAGAGGUCUAGAAUGAAUUUUGUUGGAAGUUGGGCAACAGAUAUUGAAAUCCAAGCUGCAGCAGAUUUUCUAGGUGUAGAUGUUUACACUUACACUAGUGAUAAAUGGCUGAAGUUUAACUGCAGGGGCUCAAAAGUUACAGAGGAUGGAAUUUAUUUGGUUCAUAGAAAUGGGAACCACUAUGAAACUGUUGUGUGCGUGAAACGUGGGAGUUGUCAAGAUUGCCAUAUGUUGUGUAAAAUACAUGAGUUAAAUAAUGCAUGCCCUAUGCAAACACGCUCUGUAGGAAACAAUCAAGCUAGUAGUCAGAGUUUGAUAACAGCAGGUGAAUCCCACAUAAACAAAUGUGCACUGAAACACAAAGGUAGUGAUAUAGAAAAAACAGACAGAAAGAGGAGAUGUUUAAAUAUCACUGAGGCUGAUUGUAAGGAAGCUACAGAGCAUACAGCAGUUUUAAAAUGUCCUAAACAAAUAAAAUCUAAAUACAUGAGAGAAAAGUACAAAAAUGCAAUGAAAGUGCAUUACAAAACAAACACAAUCUAUAGAAACCAGAUAAAGAUGCAUAAUGUCAACAAGUACAAAAAAGACACCAGUCAUCGUUCAAAACUGAUUGUGUGUAUGAAAUUAAGAUACACAAAUGAUGAAAAAUACAGGUUUAAUGUUCGAAAUCGCAGCAAAAGCAAAUAUGCUACUAAUGAACACUUUAGGCAACAGCUCCAUGAAUUUAGCAAACAUAAAUAUGCGACUGAUACAGAAUUCAGCAAAGCAGUUCGUGAAUUCAGUAAAGAUAAAUAUGCUACUCACACAGAAUUCAGUAAAGCAGUUCGUAAAUUCAGUAAAGAUAAAUAUGCUACUCACCCAGAAUUCAGCAAAGCAGUUCGUAAAUUCAGUAAAGAUAAAUAUGCUACUCACCCAGAAUUCAGCAAAGCAGUUCGUAAAUUCAGUAAAGAUAAAUAUGCUACUCACCCAGAAUUCAGCAAAGCAGUUCGUAAAUUCAGUACAGAUAAAUAUGCUACAGACGCAGAAUUCAGCAAAGCAGUUCGUAAAUUCAGUACAAAUAAAUAUGCUUCUCACCCAGAAUUCAGCAAAGCAGUUCGUAAAUUCAGUAAAGAUAAAUAUGCUACAGACGCAGAAUUCAGCAAAGCAGUUCGUAAAUUCAGUAAAGUGAAAUAUGCUGACAACCUAAAGUUUAGGUGUGCAGUUCGGGAAAAUGUAAAAAAGAAACGUGCUGUUUUAAAACAAAAUCUUGAAAGUUUUUCUCAAGUUUUAAAAGACUUUAAUUCUAUCAUAAGGAAUGGGCCAGAUUUCGUAUGUUGUGUUUGUCAUAGGUUGCUCUUUAAGCAUCAAGUGUCUCUUUGUAAAAUUGAUAAGUACAAGACUACAAAGGAAAUGCAGGCAGUAGCUGAGCACUGUAUCACUGAAGAUUAUCUACAUAAGUGUGGUCCAGGGUGUGAUGUUCCAUGCAACUGGUUGGCAACAAGCAAAUCUCAGUUGUGGAUUUGUCACAAUUGUGAUUUUAAACUCUGCCAAAGUAUAAUGCCUCCAGAAAGUGUUUUAAAUAACUUGCAGCUUGAAACAGUACCACCAGAGCUCAGUUGUCUAAACAGUUUAGAACAACAUUUGGUAGCUUUACAUAUUCCGUUUAUGAAGCUCUUAGCUUUACCUAAAGGAGCACAAAAUGGUGUUCAUGGACCAGUUACUUGUGUUCCUUCAAAUGUUGUUGAUACAACAAACUUGCUACCACGAGCUAAUGUAGAGGGGUCUCUGAUGCGUGUUAAGUUAAAACGUAAGUUAACAUAUAAAGGGCAUUACGAAUAUAAAUAUGUGAACACUGAGCAUGUAAAGAGAGCAUUGCAGUAUUUGAAAAAAAACAACCCAUAUUAUGCUAACAUAAAUUACAACGAAAAUUGGUUAAAUGAAUUUGAAGAAUCAAGUCAACAAAAUAUCAAUGAAAAUGAAAUUUACUCAUCGCUUUCAAAUCAUAGUUGUGUUGACACAGAAGAGGCAGAUAAUGUCAAUUUCACAGCUGACCACACAGAACAACCACACAUCGAAUCAGAUGAGACUUUACAUGACAGACAAACGCAUGGUAUGUUUAUGGAUACGUGUCUUCAGCCAGUUGAUUUAGGCCAAGAAAUCUUAGAUCAAUAUGAUAAUAUUUUAAACAUAGCUCCUGCAGAAGGUAACAAUCCCAUUCGGUUACUUUCUGACAAAAGUAAUGAGGCUAAAAGUUUUCCAGCAUUGUUUCCAAUGGGUGGUCCAACAUUUCAUGAUUUUAGAAAUCAGCGGCUUACACUGUCACGCUAUUUUAACAAUCGUAUUUUGAAUGCAGAUAGUAGGUUUGCUAACAAUAAUGAAUACAUCUUCUAUGCUCAGUAUAUGAGUGAAGUAGAACAGGUUUCAUCUAGCAUAUCAAUAGCAAUGCGCAAAGGCCAUAAUUCAAACACAUCUAGGGAAUUUUCUGCAGAGUUAGUGAAAGAUAGGCAAACCCUAAAGCAGUUUCUGAACUGUGAUGAUGGUUAUAGGUUUCUUCGACCCAUCAGAGGAACACCUGUGUAUUGGUCAGGUGUUCAAAAAGAUUUGUUUGCCAUGGUAAGGCAGCUUGGCAUACCUACAUUUUUUUGUUCCUUCAGUUCAGCAGAUAUGAGAUGGGACAAUUUAUUAGAAAGCAUGCUGCAACAGGAAAACAGGACUGAUAAUGUAGACAGUUUAGAUUGGGCAGAUAAAUGUGGCCUAUUGCGACGUAACCCAGUUAUAGCAGCACGCAUGUUUGAUUUUAGAUGGCAUACAUUUUUAAAUAAAGUAAUCUUGUCACCGAGUCAACCGAUAGGUAAAGUACUGGAUUAUUUUUAUCGUGUUGAGUUUCAGCAAAGAGGGAGUCCCCAUGUACAUGCAAUGUUUUGGGUGGACAAUGCUCCUCAAAUUGAUAAAGAUGAUGACAAUAAUGUGGUAAAAUUCAUAGACCAAUAUAUAUCAUCUGAAUUACCAAGGAAUGACAAUGAACUUGUUGAAAUUGUCUCAACUGUUCAAAUGCACAGUAGGAGGCAUUCAAAAACGUGUCGAAAGCGCAACAGUGUAUGUCGUUUUAAUUUUCCACGACCACCUUCAAAUAAAACGUUUAUUUCUAGAAAAACAAAAGAAGAGGAAUCAACUAAAAAGUGCAGUUGCAGUGCAGUUUCCUGUACAUGUCCUUGUGAAGUCUCAAAUAAGGUCAUGAAUAAAGAACAGGCAACAAAAAUAUUAGCUAUGGUAAGGUCAGCUAUAUCUACAGAUACAAAUACUUGUAAUACAGUUUCUGAGUUGUUUGCCAGUAUUGGUAUUAACCAAGAAAUGUUUGAACUGGCCUAUAACAUUGCUGGCAGAAAAACUCAAGUUGUUCUGAAAAGAGAAAUUACAGAUUUGUGGGUAAAUCCCUAUAAUAAAAACUUACUGAAGGCUUGGAAUGCUAAUAUGGAUAUUCAAUAUAUAGUAGAUGCAUAUGCAUGCAUUGUAUACAUCAUUUCAUACAUUUCCAAGGCUGAAAAGGAGAUGGGAUUGUUAUUAAGUGCUGCCCAUCGUGAAGCUUCAAAGCACAACAAUGUUGAUGUAAAAGGCACAUUGCAACAAUUGGGCAGUGUUUAUUUACAUAAUCGGGAUGUAGGUGCUCAAGAAGCAGUGUAUAGACUGACAAAUAUGCAUCUAAAAGAAGCUUCACGUAAAGUAGAGUACAUACCCACAGGUGAUAAUUGUGUUCGGCUGAGCCUGCCACUAAAAGUGCUUCAGCAGAAAGCACAGUCAAAUGAGCUUACCGAAAAAGCCAUGUGGAUGACAAACCAUGUUGAUAGGUAUAAAGCAAGGCCAGUAAGAGACCCUUUUCAGGACAUGUGUAUAGCAGUAUUUGUGUCUCAAUAUCGUGUUGUGGGCAGAACAGAGAAAUGUGCAGACAAAAUUCAGCUGCAAAACAAUGCAGGGUUUGUUAAAAAAAGAACUAGGUCAAAGCCAGCGGUUGUAAGGUAUGCAAGAUUCUCUGUUGAUUCCAAUCCUGAAAAAUAUUAUCAAAGUAUUUUGCAAUUAUUCUUGCCAUACCGCUGUGAAAAUGACUUAAAACCAGCUGACUUCCCAACAUUUGAACUAUUUUAUCACAAUGGCCAAUAUGAAAUAAAUGGCUCAAUGCAAAAUGUGAAAAAUGUAGUAGAUGAAAAUAAGCAAUUAUUUGAAAAAGAUGAUGAAAUUCUUUCUCAAGUUCAGCAUGUUGUGGUAGAUAAUGGUAGUUUAGAAGAUGCAUGGUGUGAGAUGUGUCCGGAGCAAGAGUCAGAGCGCUUAGAAUGCCAGGAGGAAAAAACAGAAAGACCAGUAGAGGCUGAGGAGCAUGUAGAUCAAAUUCCUGAUUUAUCUGUUCCAAGUGUAAAAAAACAUAGUUUUGAGCCAAAUUUGAAUGUACUUUGUAGAUCAGAUGCUCUCAAUCUGCUGAGGUCUCUUAACUCUGAGCAAAAAGACACAUUUUAUCAAGUAAGACAGUGGUGUUUAGAUAAAGUUAGAGGGAAACAGCCAGAGCCUUUCCAUUUGUUUAUUACUGGAGGUGCAGGAACAGGGAAGACACACUUAAUUAGAAGUAUUCAUUAUGAAGCAACCAGGCUUUUAUCACAAGUUUCAAGUGCUCCAGACAAGGUGUCAGUGCUAUUAACAGCUCCUACUGGAAUUGCUGCAUUUAACUUGGGAGCUGGUACAAUUCAUUCUACAUUUUCAAUAGGGACAGAUGUAAAACUUCCCUACACACCUUUAGGAGAAGAAAAAUUGAAUACGUUGCGUGUUUUAUUUAGUGAUUUACAUAUAUUGAUCAUAGAUGAGAUUUCUAUGGUAGAUCACAGUCUUCUAGCUUACAUUCAUGGUAGAUUACGACAAAUAAAGCAGACAGGCGACUACUCUCCUUUUGGGAAAGUUAGUGUAAUUGCAGUAGGAGACUUUUUCCAGCUGCCUCCAGUAAAGGGAAAGCCACUAUACUUGGAAAAUGCCCCAUUAGAUUUGUGGAAUGGCAUAUUUUCUAAGUCAGAGUUAACCACCAUUGUUAGACAGAAAGACUCUGCUUUUGCUGAAAUUCUGAAUAGACUACGCACACAUCACAGGUCUACACCAUUAUCACUGCAGGAUGUACAUGCUCUUAAACAGAGGGAAACUGGGGAAACAUCUUCUGCGCUGCAUAUUUUUGCAACAAAUGCUCAGGUAGAAGAGCAUAAUGUUAAGCAAAUUAUUGCAUCUUGCCCUGAACAUAUUUGUGUAGAGGCACAAGAUUAUGAAAAAAAUCGCCAAACUGGAAAAAUGCAGCUUAAAAAUGGACACUUUUCUAAAGUAUUUAAUUCAUGCUUACCAGAAAAGUUGUUAAUAGGAGAAGGUGCACGAGUAAUGCUAAUUAAAAAUAUUGAUGUUACUGAUGGGCUUGUGAAUGGUGUCUGUGGUACUGUUACAGACAUAGCACAUGAUAAAAAUAGCACAUUGGUGAAAACUGUGUUUGUUCAAUUUGAUGAUCAAAAAGUUGGCCAAAAUAGUCGAAAGCGUACACCACCACCUAGACAUAUCAUACAUUCAACACCAAUUAAUUUGGAAGAGGAGCGUGUUAAUAGCAAGGGAGGAUUGCGCAAGCAAUUUCCAUUAAAAUUGGCUUGGGCUUGCACUGUGCACAAAGUGCAGGGACUAACGGUAAAACAAGCAGUUAUAUCACUUAAAAAGAUUUUUGCACCUGGACAGGCUUAUGUUGCUUUAAGUCGAGUAGAGACUUUAAGUGGGUUAAUCAUUCAGGAUUUUGCUGAUAAAGCAAUUUAUUGUAGAAGUAAUAUCCAGGAAUGUAUUAAUAACAUGGCACAAUUUUCAUUAUAUAAUGUCAGUCCAAUUAAAACGCAGAACUCUUUUUCGGUUCUUUUAAUGAAUGUUCAGGGUCUAAAUUGUCAUUUGUUAGACUUAACUGCUUCAGCACAAUCCUUUAGUUAUCCUUGUAUAGCGGUAACAGAGACUUGGCUACCUGCAAAUGUAUCAGGUGAUUCGACUCACAUUGAAGGUUACCAGUUUCAUAGUGCUCCACGUUGCCUUGCUUACAGUUCAGACAACCCUCUGUUAAAAUCAAUUCAGCAACAACAACAUGGGGGUGUUGGAAUGUACUGCAAAGAUAAUACUGAUUAUAGUAUUUUAGACAUUUCAGGUGUAAAUAUAGAAUGCAUUAUAUGUCAAUUCAACCAACUUGAAAUAAUCAUAGUUGUGAUAUACAGACCACCACAAUAUUGUUUAUCAUUGUUCCAAAAAUACAUCAGUCAAUUAUGCAAUACAUUAUGCAAUUUGUCAGAUAACAUCUUUCUAAUUGGCGAUUGGAACCAUGAUGAACUGAAAUCUCAUGCCAUGUCUAUGUUUAUGGAAAAUCUAGGCUAUUCUCAGUGUGUAACAGAAUGUACCACUGAAAAUGGAACGCUAAUUGAUCAUGUGUACAAAAAAAUGACAUCUAACUAUACCAUCAAUACACAAGUUAUGCCAAUGUAUUUUAGUUCACAUGAAGCAAUUUAUUGUACAUUUUCACAAACAUAAGUGUUCCUCUCAAAUAUAAAAAAAACUAUUAAAAA